CUUUCGGGAAACAUGGUUAGGAAACAAUGUUUCAGGGUUUACCAACCUUUUGAAAUAAAAAAUUUCUGAAGAAAAUUCUAUCUUGUGUUUUAUUAUAGACACAAUUGGUUCACAAAAACCAAUACAGGAAAGCAAGAUGUCAUCGAAAGAAAUCCCUAUGUGUAGAUCCUGUGUUUCAGAGAUAAAGAAAAACCGCUUUCAGGUUACCGGGACAAAUGGCCCAUUGGUAAAAUCGAAAAUAAUAGUAUUCACCAAAUUUGCAUUCUACUCGACUUAGCUGAUCGUAGCAAGGUACCACUUAUGAACGCUUUAGGUGGCUUCGACCAGAUAACGGCUGCAUAUAUUAAAACAAAAUAUGGAGAAAGGGGAGGAGUGGGGACUGCCGAAGAAGUACUCAAUAAGUGGGCAUCAAGAAAUCGAGAAAAUAAUAAUGUGGGGGCUCUUAAGAAGAUUCUUGAAGAUACCAUGCAAAGGGAUGAUGUUGUUGAAGAGAUUGAAAAAUGGGAGAAGUUGUCUGUUUGUCAUGGAUGCGGUAUUAGAUUGAACAAACCGUACAGGAUGGUGACAAUCGGUGAGUAUGAUUACAGAUGGUUAGGCACUUAAGUAUAACAUGUCACGAUAUGUACCAUCUGACUGUACCAUCUGUAGUCAGAUGGUGACGAUCCGUGAGUAUGAAUACAGAUGGUUAGAUACAUUAAUAAAAUAAAAGGGGCCAAUUAAAAAUAGGCGACUUGCACUAAGAGAUCACGUGAUCUUAAUCCUCUUGAAAUAGUAGGUAUGGAACUACAAAUCUACAAUGAACAUACAAAGUGAUGUUUUAAGCAAAAAUUCGAAUUUUUUGUUUUAAAAAACUUUAAGAGAAUUUCUUGCACGUUUAGGGCAGGGCGCUUGGUAAAGGAGGGAACGCUGUAUAGAGGGCCAUUUGAUGGAGGUUAUAUUUCAUUUUACGUAGUGCUAAAUCUUGUUGCGACCAGCGAGCGAGCUGGGAACAUCCUAAUCUCAGAUAUGGGAGAAAAAAUUGUGUUCAACACCUUUUUCCGCUGGAAUGUGUAUUCAACACCCUUUGCGGGCUCAUUUUAUCCGUAUAUGGAACUCGUGACCAUAUAUGGCGUUCCACAUGGAAAAUUUUGCCUUCGUAGUUCGUGCAAUCGUGCUGUUUCGUGCAUUCUUUGCAUUGUUUGUUCAGUUUUAUGAUUAUUAAAGAGGAAAAGCCGGCUUUUAAACUUUCAGGUAGCUGAUAGUUUUUGUAUCUGCGCGGAGCGCUAGAUACUAUGCUAUCGAGUGUGCGUUAAACACUCAGGUCGACUAAUUAGGGCUGCAUGCCUGCGAACAGGCCGUAAAACAAAGAUGGCGGCUUGCUACAGAGUGAGGGUUGUUUUAUCCUGGAUGAUUUUUUAUUUAUUUAUUUCGCCCAAUCAUUAUGGUAACUAUUUGCAUAAAAGUAUAAAGCUACAACUAUAAAUAUGGCUAGGUAUGUCUCUACUCUGUGACUGCGAUAAAUAAACUGUCAACUGUCAAAUUGACAGUCACGCAAGGCGUGUACAUUGUACAACGAAGAAAUGUAAUAAUGUACUGUAUAUAAAACAAUAAUACGAAGAAUUUAUAGCAAGCCGCACAAUAUAUUACUCGGAAAAAAUAUAGAAUUCUCCAGAUAAUAGAUUAAGAGUCAUAAUCAAUACACAUACAAAUAUAAAGCCGAAUAAAAUACUACCAUUGGCAUUGAAUGUAAAUAAUACUUGUACUAUGUGCAGGGUUCGAAUUGGCAAUGUGCAAUUUGCACAUCGUUUUGGACCAAAUAGUGAAAACUGCACAUCACUUUUCCAAAUGAUGUGCAAAAAAACCAGACUGGGACUAUUUUUCCCAGGGUAUUGUGAACAAGACGCUCUACGGAGCGUUAACUCGCUGGGGCUAUACAACUACGCACAUUACUGUACAAUGUACAUGAUACAUACAGUACACAGCUCUUUCAAUUAAGAUUUAAGGUUUUCCCCGAGCUAAGCGGAAAAGUCGAAUACGAGCGCGAAAGGCUUAUUAACACAGUACUAAAAUGCGGUAGGCCCUACAAGUAAAGUUAUAUUUAGUACGCUACAUUCUUCUUCAAAACUGUCAGCCGCCAGUUGGUCUAGGAUUAAACUGCGCUUUAAAACGUUCAAAAUAAAAUAUUUGGGGGCUUUUGGGCUCAAAAUACUAUCAAAAUGAAGCGAGAAGUGAGACGAAUCCACUGGUAUUCGGCCGAAAAAGAGAAAACCAAUGAUACCAAAGUUAUCGAUUAGGAUCAAAUGUACUGCAUUUUUUUAUAAUUAGUUUAAUAAUUUUGAGCGAUUGGCAACAAUACAAUUUCGCUUGGCUUUCAAAGACAAAGGCCAUAAAUCGCUAGAACACUGUUUAGUAAUACAUUUGACAUCCGUAAUUAGUACAAUUUCUAACGCUGAAUCGAACGCUAGUAUUUUUAUCCUUAUUGCGCCAUUAGGCAUUUAUACAAAUACACUAUGAAACGUACUGCGAGUGAUUUGACAAUAAUACGUACUUGUGAGCGAUUUCAUUGUCAACAAAUACAAUUUCGCUUGGUUUUCAAUUCAAAGGCCAUAAAUCGCUAGAAUACUGGUGCUUAGUAACACAUUUGACAUCCGUAAGUACAAUUUCUGACGCUGAAUCGAACGGUGGUAUUUUUAUCCUUAUUGGGCCAUUAGGCAUUACAAAUACCAGGACAAACUUGUGGAUAAACGUUAGUGCGAGUGAUUUGUGAUCAUUAUACGUACUGCGAGCGAUUUGUCAAACAAUACAAUUUCGCUUCAUUUUCAAAGGCUAUAAAUCGCUAGAAUACUGGUGUUUAAUAGUAAUACACUUGUAAGUACAAUUAAUUUCCUACGCUGAAUCGAACGGUGUCGCUUUCUUCUCAAAAUAUAAAGCAGCGCAGUCAAACGUAUAAUCUUUUAUAAACUUGCGAUUUGCGAAGGUUGCUGUUUCCAUGCGAAAUUCCAUUGUAAAAUUGUUCAAUUUUCCCGAUUUUCCUCAAAAUGGAGGGCUAUUUAUGGAUAUUUGGGUAAAAUUGGCAGGAACCUUAUGGAUAAUUGGGGGGAAUAUUAAGCAGCUCAUUAAUAUUCUAUUUUGUGGCUAUCAACGACGAUCGGAAAUCUGACAUCUGACAUCCACCAAAAAUGCUUGCCGAAACCUAUACUCGUCGUGCCCCAGCGAGUAAAAAUACUGUUUUCAGAGGGGUUAAAAAUCAUAGAAAUUAUAAAUAACACUAGAGGGAGCAUCGAGGAUGAAAUUUGGGAGCGCGGUAAUGGGGGCAAAUUGAAAUCACGGAUAAACACCACACAAUUCUUGGGUUACACUUGAAACCAGAAAAAAUUAAAACAAGUCACCAAACUGGAUGUUUUAUAUGUUUUGAAUGUCAUUACUACAAACAUUCCCCCAAAAUUUUGAAUUCAAACGACGAAUUUCCUCUUGAAAAGAUCAAAAUUGCUGACAUCAUCAUUAUUUUGGAGUGCUCUCAAAAAUGUGUUAUAGACAAAAUUGAGGUAAAAAUGCUUGGUAAAAAUCAAAACGGGACUACUUAACUGUCAUAAACAAGAAUUUAAAGAUUUGGCUCAAACUCUCUCUUAUUUUAGCAUUUUAAUUUUGCCCCCCCCCCAUUAGCCACGUUCCCUUUCUUUGACUGAAUUAAGAUUACGAUACCCCCUCUAGUGUUAUUUAUAAUCUCUAUGUUAAAAAUGCUCUUCCAGAGGGGUUUCAAGUCUCUUCCAGAGGGGUCAAUUGCACAGAUUUUUAUUCAUUCCAGGGGCCGCGGUUGUUCAGAGGUGGGUUAGCGCUUUAACCUGCUGUUUUAGUUUGUGUAUUUCUGCACGUCUGUUUAUUUCAAAACUUCAGAGAAGUAAACUCUUAUCGAUCCAGACAAGAUUUCUGAAGAAAUAUUUCUAAAUUUAUGAACAAGCUGUUUGGAAGUUUGCUUUGAAUUUUAGGAUAACCUAGGGUUAAGCUGAUCGCCUAUUGAACAACCGGCCCCAGAGGGGUAAAAAUCUCCAAAAGCAGAGGUCCUCAACAGAGGGAGGGGUUACUUUUUAAAUGUAAUAGCCCAUUAAACAAGUCGGUGUAUGACAAGAGCUACAUUUGAUCCAAGCCUAACUUCAGUUGCAGAUGAGAAGCCACGUACUUCCGUACAAGAAGCAAGCUCGCGAUCGGCGUCGAUGUCACGACCACGGACCAGGGGUGGACCUUAUGAAAGAGAAUCUUCCGUUAGUGGAGGCCCCGGUUUCAGCGGACGACCUAGCGGCUUUGAACGAAGGUGUGUGCUUGUAGUACAUUGAAUACUUUUACGCUCGUUAAAGGAAACAGUGGGUCAAUCCCGAUUUAUUAGCAGGAUCCGCGAAAGAACGAGACCGGAGACAACUCUCUAGCUUCUUUUCCAUUCAUUGCAAGAGUCAACUUGCAAGCUGGAUUUCAUCACAAUGCUCGACAUUUUGUUUUAUUAGAUACAAACACUCGCAUCAAGCUUGCAAGUUGGUUUUUGUGAUUUUGUUGAGACUUAAAUUGUGACCGAACCGAAAUUAUCUGGUUUUGAGUUCAUCCUGGUCUCAUGUAAAUGUGACAUCGCUUUCUUUUGAACAGUAUGAACGCAAUUUAUUAUUUUAUUUCAGAUAUCGAGGAGGUGGCCGAGGAAGAUAUGGUGGCAUGCGAAGCGGUAGGGUGAAAGAUUGUUAAACUUGUUAAAUUUGAUGUUAAAGAUGAUAUAAUAAUUAUAAAGAGAUAAUCUUGAAGUGUCUGUGCCAGUGUAGGUAGUGGCAAUAAUAAGAAAGCUUUGGAUUGAUAGCGAUGAAACUACCUGAAAAAUACAAGGAGAUAUAAUUAUAAAGAUAAACCUUUAUUAUGUGAACUGUAGUGUUUUGACUUUACGUGGUUUUUCACUGGCAAAGUUUUAUUAAUAAAUUUACGUGGAGUGUAAACAACUACCAGAGAUGGCAAUAUAGAAAUCUCAGUAAGGAAUAGUUAAUUGAAUUGGUUCGAAUUGAAAUAUUUACAUAAUACAUCUGUAGUAAUAUUCAGCCGGUCUUCCACUAUGCGAAUUUGUUCUUGCGAAGCCUUUUUCACGCUCGGUUUAUCCGCCGAAGGCUUGCGAAGCCUUUUCAAUUUUCACGCUCGGUUUAUCCGCCAUUUUGGGCACUGUCUCUUCCAAGUCUGCGAUUGCACGCACUGCAAAAUGCCACAUUUUAUCACUGCAGUUGUUUGUAAUGUAUAAUGGUGAAUUUACAGUUACAACUUUGAAAAGUGACUUUUCACAUUGUUUAAGGCACAUUUCCACUCAAGAAAAAUUUCCACGGACAGAAAUGUUUCCAAAAAAAGUUUAAAAUUUUCAACUUCAAAAUUUUUUCCGGCCAAUCACAUUUUAUAAAAUGUUCUUUCUGUGGAAAAUUUUCCAUAACCGUUUAUCUCUUCUCUUUUCAGGUUCUGGAAAUAACUCUGACAGAAACGCGGCGGCUGCAGGAUUCAACGCCGUACCGAGUGCCAGUGCUUUUAACACCGGGGGCUUUGGUGGGGCGACCCACAGCUUCGGUAAUAUCGGUUCGGUGACAGCGAGUACUGGCUACGGUGGAACCCAGGCGAACGCCAUGGGUAACUCUGGCUUCUUUGGGGAUUCAGGAGUUGGAGCAUUUGUCAGUCAGUCCGGGGGGGUUGGGCACCAAGCCGUUCAAAACUACACAAACGUCGUCAAUUUCAAUUUGGGAACGUCAAUUUCCCAGGAGGGUAAUGAGUGGCAGGGUUCAAAUUAACAGUGUCCAAUGUGCAAUUUGCACAUCGUUUUGGACCAAAUUGUGAAUACUGCACAUCACUUUUCUGACUGGGACUAUUAAAUUAAUGAACACCAUCCAUAUUUAUAGAUUUAAACAAAGCCAAUCUGUUGUCUUAUAAUUUAUAAACAAGUGCUUUUGCAUGCACACUGGCAGCAUGUUUGCAGACUGCAUGGAAGCACAUGGAAGGUGUCAAAUUUUAGCCACCAUGACAGACAAACACAUUGAUGUUAUGUGUUGGGUUUGUAUAUCAAAGAUUGCAAACAAUGUUUAAAAAGUUUUGAAAUCAUUAAAUUAUUGCAAUUUGUUUGAGUAGAUGUUUGACUGAGUAGCUAAGAUAAUCAUGAACCUAAUUUAUAAGCAUUUAGAGCCACAUUUUAAAAAAAAAGUUUGCACAUCAUUUUUUCUCAACUAAUUGGCGAACCCUGUAGACUAUG